GGCCCCCCAUUCGUCGGAGUCCUAGUUAUUAAAAGAAAUACUCAAAAAGUAAGUCAAUCAAAUGUUGAAAAAAUAAGCCAUUGCAAUGACUUCACGUCGUUACAUGAGAAAUUCAGACACUGAUCCAUUUGGAUUGAAUCGAUCUGACCCAUUUGGAAUAUCGUGUGAACAGAAGGCCUAUCCGAUAUUAAAAGCGAUCCGAUACGAAAUGAAUCCGACCGGUAUCGUGUGAACAGGGCCUAACUUAUAUCGUGAUUCGUGAUCAACACAUACUAAUAACAUAAACGGAAGCUAAUUAACAGGACAAUACGAGCGUCACACUACAUAUUGAAAGACAAACAUAUUGCCAUAAAAAGGCGUUAACUACACAACAGGAGUUAACAGAACAUGCGAUUUUAACACGCAACGGGAACAUUACUAAUUUGAAUAAAUAUAAAAUCCAAACCGUACAUCAUCAUCAUCAUCAUCAUCAUCAUCUUCAAUUAAAUUAACUACAAUACAAUUUAAUACUUAGUAACAUAGUCUCUUUACUUUUCUGUUUUACAUUCAGGUCAAAGCAGUGUAAACCAAAAAUGAACAGUCAAAAAGUUAAACUGAUCAUUGAUACAGAUCCAGGCUUUGAUGAUGCAAUGGCCAUAGGAGUGGCAAUGAGAUGGCCUAAUGUAGAGCUGCUAGCUUUAACAUGUGUUAAUGGCAAUGUUCCCUGUUGGCAAACCUCCUUGAAUGCUUUGAAAAUUAGGCAGUUGUUUGAAAGGAAGGAUGUUCCUGUUUUCAAAGGAGCAGAAUUUCCAAUAUUCACUCAGUACAAACAUGAAGCAUCAUAUUGGCAUGGUACUGACGGCCUGUUAGAUGUAACAGACUAUAUAAAAGUUGAUAAGAAUGAGCUAGAAGAGAAAGACGCUGUGAGUAGCAUAAUUGACAUAGCAACAAAGCAUAAAGGCGAAGUGACAUUGUUAGCGAUUGGACCACUUACAAAUCUUGCCCUAGCUGUUAGGAUUAGGCCCGAUUUGCCAAAGCUAUUGAAAGAAGUCGUUAUUCUUGGUGGUAACUACACUGGCCUAGGCAAUCAGACAAGAACUGGGGAAUUUAAUUUUGUAGCUGAUCCCCUUGCUGCACGAAUCGUGUUAGAGGAGUACACAUGCCCUAAGUAUGUUGUUCCGUGGGAAGCAGUGCUGGAUCAUCCUUUUUCAAGUACGUUUGAGAAAAUCUAUUGUGGGAAAGACAAUGAAAGAUCGAGAUUUUUUAAGAAACUAGGCCAAAUCCUCUGUGGUAUGCAUGAAUUGACUUCGAUAGAGAGUGCUGACUCUCUGGCAGUGUGCGUAGCACUUGACAAGGAAGGGGUUAUUGCUGAAAAAUUCGACACCUUUGCAACAGUUGAGUUUUUUGGAGAACAAACACAUGGCAUGAUGGUCGUGGAAAGAAGACGCACAGAGCACAGACAUGGAGUAGGAAAUGAAAGCAAUAUCCGGAUUGUUACAAAACUUAAUAUGGAAAGGGUUGAAGAAAUGCUCAUCCACUCAGUGUCUUAAUAUCACAUUGGGUUCAACACGAAAGCGGAACGUCAAAAUUCAAAUGGUUCUUAAGGUAAAAUAGGUUAAUGUUUUAAUGGAAAGGAAAACAGUCGCAAGCUUACAAAAUGUUUUCUUGGAACCUUAAGUUUUUAUUGUUUACUUAGAAUCUGACCAUUAUCUUUUAACGCUUAGAAUUUAAUAUACAAGUAGUUGUAAUUGUUAGUUAUCUUAGUAAUUUCAAACUGUCGAUCUCCCAAUUCUUAUUGUAAUAUCAACUCAAGAGACAGGCAAAGCAGUGCCUUUUGAUAUGCUGGUUGAAGUUUGUGAAGAAAUUUUUCUGGUUUUUCUUUUCUACUGCUGGUAGUUUAACAAAUAGGUCUGAAAAAUUGACGAAAUGAAUCCAUUACUCAGAUUCAGUUAGCUUUUUGUGUGUUGUUCUGCAGUUCGUUCAAAUGAUAUCAUUGAUACGAUUUUUCAUGCAACCUUCGUAAAUAAAAUAGUCAUUUGGAAAGCAUUAAUCAGAGGCGCAGUCACAACUGCAUGACUUUGUUGCAAUAAUGAUUUCUUUUGUAACAAGUUGAAACAUUUAUUAAUUAUGCAAAGAUCUUUAUACCUAAAUAAGUCUUAAUGUUUUUUAUAACGUAAAGAAGUUGAAGUAUAAGAAGUAUAAGUUUCCUGAAGAAAGUAGGAAACAUAAAAACAACAAAAAAUAAUAAAGAAAAUUUGAGUAAGUUGCCAGGGCAGGACUCGAACACGUGAAGCAAAGCUUCUUCUCUUAGGGUUAUAAAAGAAACAAGCGAUUAAAUACUGCUGUAGAAACUAGGUUUGUUAGAGAUGAAUUACAUUGCAUUUUUAUUUGCCAUGCACCACCCCCAUCCUCAUAUACAAGGUCAGAAGCAUAGGUUUAUUGAUACCAACGUUACGGCUGUACUAAGAGUGAUUAUUUUUAAGAGACUGAUGCAAGCUGAACAAGAUUAUGCACUUCAUAGAUUAGCAACAUAUCUAAAAACAAUAUUUUCACAAAUAAGAAAAUUUUACCAAAACUUGGUAAUAGAAAAAGGAAUGACUUUGAAAAAUUGCAAACUAGCCUUCAAAUUUAGUGUUGAGAAUUAGCGUUCAGUAUUUUGUAUCAAUUUUCAUAGAUUCUCUACGGCUGUUCAAAUGCUGAAAGUAAAGUAUAAUCUGCAGAGCUGCCAGAUUGAACAACAAAUUUACAAUAGAAACAACGCAAUGGUCUUUUUAGGUGUAAAUCUAGGAGCUUCGUAUACGUAACUAUAAUUUCGCCCAAAAGGGUGUUUCCCGUUCAUCGAGCUUCUGUUCUUCAACAUGAUUUUCAAACCCUUAC